GUCGGCCAAUUUGGGUCAGAACCCACUUGUGAAUCUGAUCUGGUGUGUUCAGGUGUCCUGAGACAGGGGGCGCUGUUUCUAAAAUGAGUUCCUCAAAGGAGACCGAGACUGACAAUGGAACCCACGGCCCUGCGAGAAAGAGGGUUCGGGUAGAGAGGACAGGGUCACCUGUACCCAGCUGUCUGUCUUUGAAGAGUGAUCAUUCAAUGGAUCGUCCAAGCAACUUCAGAGGACAGUUCACAGGUGAUCAAAGGGUUCAGGUAGAGAGGACAGGGUCACCUGUACCCAGCUGUCUGUCUAUGAAGAGUGAUCAUUCAAUGGAUCGUCCAAGCAACUUCAGAGGACAGUUCACAGGUGAUCAAAGGGUUCGGGUAGAGAGGACAGGGUCACCUGUACCCAGCUGUCUGUCUAUGAAGAGUGAUCAUUCAAUGGAUCGUCCAAGCAACUUCAGAGGACAGUUCACAGGUGAUCAAAGGGUUCAGGUAGAGAGGGCAGGGUCACCUGUACCCAGCUGUCUGUCUAUGAAGAGUGAUCAUUCAAUGGAUCGUCCAAGCAACUUCAGAGGACAGUUCACAGGUGAUCAAAGGGUUCAGGUAGAGAGGACAGGGUCACCUGUACCCAGCUGUCUGUCUAUGAAGAGUGAUCAUUCAAUGGAUCGUCCAAGCAACUUCAGAGGACAGUUCACAGGUGAUCAAAGGAUCCACUGCUCACAGGUGUCCAACCAUAUUGUAGAGAGGAGUUCAGAGAAACUGUUCUCAAAACAGCACACCUCUUCAUGUGUUUAUUUCACACUAAUACAGCUGACCAGCAGCCCUGUGAAGCAGAAGGAUCUCACUGACUCACUGGAGAGAGAUGAGCAGCACAAUAAAUCCAUAGAUAGAGCCCAGCAGGCACUGAAAACUGCUCUGAAGAAGAAGUUUGAAUGCAUAUUUGAAGGUUUAGCAAAGCAGGGCAACCCAACCCUCCUCAAUGAGAUCUAUACAGAGCUCUACAUCACAGAGGGGGGAAGUGGGGGGGUCAAUGAUGAACAUGAGAUCAGACAGAUUGAGAUAGCAUCGAAGAGACACACCACACAGGAGACUGCAAUCCUCUGCAAUGACAUCUUUAAGCCUUUACCUGGACAAGAGAAACCAAUCAGAACUGUGCUUACAAAGGGCAUCGCUGGCAUUGGGAAAACCGUCUCUGUGCAGAAGUUCAUUCUGGACUGGGCAGAUGGAAAAGCCAAUCAGGACAUUGAUUUCAUCUUCACUCUUCCUUUCCGAGAUCUGAAUCUGAAAAAGGAGAGAGGAUUCAGUCUGAUGCAACUUCUGCAGCACUACUUUCCACAACUGAAAGAGAUCAAGAGUAUUGAAGAUGAUGGUGUCAAAAUUGUGUUAAUCUUUGAUGGUCUGGAUGAAUGUCGACUUCCUCUAGCUUUCCAAAGCAAUGAGGUCUGCUGUGAUAUAACAGAGUCAUCAUCAUUGGAUGUGCUGCUGACCAACCUCAUUAAGGGGAAUCUGCUUCCCUCUGCCCUCCUCUGGAUCACCUCCCGACCAGCAGCAGCCAAUCAGAUCCCUCCUGAGUGCGUCCACCAGGUGACAGAGGUACGAGGAUUCAAUGACCCACAGAAGAAGGAGUACUUCAGGAAGAGAAUCAGAGAUCGGAAAACGGCCAGCAAAAUUAUCUCUCACAUAAAGUCAUCCAGGAGUCUCUACAUCAUGUGUCACAUACCAGUCUUCUGCUGGAUUUCUGCCACUGUACUGGAGACAAUGUUGGGUAAAGUAGGCAAUAGAAAAAUGCCCAAAACUCUGACUGAAAUGUACACACACUUCCUGCUCAUUCAGACUAAUGUGAAGAAUGAGAAGUAUCAUGGCACCAAUGAGACAACCCCAAAGAAAAUGUCAGCAUCAAAUACAGAAAUCAUCCUGAAACUGGGGCAGCUGGCUUUACUACAGCUGGAAAGGGGCAAUCUGAUAUUCUAUGAAGAGGACCUGAGAGAGAUGGGCAUUGAUGUCAGUGAAGCUUCAGUGUACUCUGGGGUGUGCACAGAGAUCUUUAAAGAGGAGUGUGGGUUGGGUGAGGAGAAGGUCUACUGCUUUGUGCAUCUGAGCAUUCAGGAGUAUCUGGCUGCCUUGUUUGUGUUUCAUUCAUGUGUGAAUGAGAACAGGAAUGUACUCAGAGCAGAAAAAUCAAAACCUCGCAGUGACAGAGUGCAGCUGUCUGAGUUACACAGGACUGCAGUGGAUCAGGCCUUAGAGAGUAAGAAUGGACACCUGGACCUUUUCCUCAGAUUCCUUCUAGGCCUCUCUCUGGACUCCAUUCAGACUCUAUUAGGAGGAAUACUGACAAAGACAGGAAGCAGAUCAGAGAGCAUUAAGGGAACAGUCCAGUACAUUAGGACAAAGAUCAAAGAUGAAUCUUCAGCAGAAAGGAUCAUCAAUCUGUUCCACUGUCUCAAUGAACUGAAUGACAACUCUCUAGUGGAGGAAAUCAAGAAUUUCCAGAGAUCAGGAAAACUCUCUAAUGAAAAGCUGGAACCACACCAAUGUUCAGCUCUGGCCUUUGUGUUACUGAUGACAGAGGAGAUCCUGGAUGAGUUUGACUUGAAGACCUACAAAACAUCAGCAGCAGGUUAUCAGAGACUGCUACCAAUAGUCGGGAACUGCAGGAAGGCCAUACUGAACAGCUGUGGCCUCACAGAGAAGUCCUGUGAAAUUGUGGCCUCUGCUCUCCAGUCAUCAAACUCACCCCUGAGAGAUCUGGACCUCAGCUAUAAUAACCUGGGAGAUUCAGGAGUGAAGCUGCUCUGUGCUGGACUGAUGAGCCAAAACUGUAAACUACAGACACUGGGACUGAACAACUGUGACCUAACAGAGAAGUCCUGUGAAAUUGUGGCCUCAGCUCUUCAGUCAUCAGGUUCACCCCUGAGAGAUCUGGACCUCAGCAACAAUAGCCUGGGAGAUUCAAGAGUGGAGCUGCUCUGUGCUGCACUGAUGAGUCCAAACUGUAAACUACAGAGACUGGACCUCAGCUACAAUAACCUGGGAGGUUCAGGAGUGAAGCUGCUCUGUGCUGCACUGAUGAGUCCAGACUGUAAACUACAGACACUGGGACUGAACAGCUGUGGCCUCACAGAGAAGUCCUGUGAAAUUGUGGCCUCUGCUCUCCAGUCAUCAAACUCACCCCUGAGAGAUCUGGACCUCAGCAACAAUAACCUGGGAGAUUCAGGAGUGAAGCUGCUCUGUGCUGCACUGAUGAGUCCAGACUGUAAACUACAGACACUGGGACUAUACAGCUGUGGCCUCACAGAGAAGUCCUGUGAAAUUGUGGCCUCUGCUCUCCAGUCAUCAAACUCACCCCUGAGAGAUCUGGACCUCAGCUACAAUAGCCUGGGAGAUUCAGGAGUGAAGUUGCUCUGUGCUGGACUGAUGAGCCCAAACUGUAAACUACAGACCCUGGGGCUGGGUUGGUGUAAUCCCACAGAGGGCUGCUGUGAUGUUCUGGCCUCAGUCCUGCGCUCUCCUCACUCAGAGCUGAGAGAUCUGGAGCUCAGAGACAAUGAGCUGCAGGAUUCAGGAGUGAGAGCACUCUCUGCUGGACUGGAGGACCCACACUGUAAAGUGCAGAGACUGGGGUGUGUGUGUCCUCUCUGCAGGCUGUCAGGCUGUAGAGUCACACAGAGAGGCUGUGAUUCUCUGGCUUCAGCUCUGUGUUCAAACCCCUCACACCUGAGAGAGCUGGACCUGAGAUACAAUCACCCAGGAGACUCAGGAGUGAGAGCGCUGUCUGCUGCUAAACUGGACACACUCACACUGCUUGUGGACCAUGGAGGAGAGAACAGGACCAAACCAGGACCCAGGAAAUACGGCUGUCAGCUCACACUGGAUCCAAACACAGCGCACAGAGAGCUGUCUCUGUCUGAGGGGAACAGGAGGGUGACACACACACCGGGGAGAGAGCAGCCAUAUCCUGAUCAUCCAGAGAGAUUUGAGCACUGGCCCCAGGUUGUGUGCAGAGAGAGUGUGUGUGAGCGCUGUUACUGGGAGGCUGAGUUCAGUGUGUCUGAGGGGGGAGGGGUUGAUAUAGCAGUGACAGAUAAAGGAAUCAGCAGGAAAGGACGGGGUUCUGACUGUGUGUUUGGAGUGAAUAAAAACUCCUGGAUUCUGCGGUGCUUUAAGCGCGGUCCCUCUGGUAAACUCAGAUACUGUGUCUGGCACAAUGAGAACGAAACAGACAUACCUGCCCCCCCCUCCCCCUACCGCAGAGCAGGAGUGUGUGAUGAUGAUGAUGAUGCUGGUAGAGGAGUGUGUGUGUACAGGGUAGGAGUGUGUGUGGACCGUCCGGCCGGCACUCUGUCCUUCUACAGCGUCUCUGACUCUGACACACUGACCCUCCUGCACAGAUUCCACACACACUUCACUCAACACACACCCCUCUGUGCUGGAUUUAGAGUGUGUGACGCCUCAGUGUCCCUCUGCCAACUGGAGUAGAGACACACACACACACACAAAUAUGCACGUGCACACACACGCAUACACACACACACACGUGCGCAUACACACUCGCACACAUGCACGCACACACAAAUACAUACACUCAUGUACACACACACACACCACAUUCAUAUACCCACUCACACACACACACCACACACACUCAUAUACACAUACACACACACACUCAGAUACACAUAGACACACACACCCACAUACACACAUCCACACACACACACAUACUCUCACACACACCCUUGCUUUCUCACACUCAUGCACACGCACUCACAAAUACACACACUGAUGUACACUCAUGCACACGCACUCACACACCUACGCACGCACACACUCGUGCACACACACUCACACUCUUACACACACAUACACACCCUCUCACACCCAAUCACUCACACACCCAAUCACACACAUGCACACACACACCUACACACAUGAACACACACAAUCUCUCGCACACACAAACACACACAUUCACCAGUGCACUCUCACGCGCACACACACAUGCAUACAUAUGUACACACGCUCAUAACCGUAUGCACACACACACUUUCUCUCUCUCUCAUACUCAGUCACUCACACACACACCCUCUCUCUCACACACACACACUCACAUCCACAGUCACACACACAUUCACACAAACGCACGCACACACACACAAACUCAUGCACUCACGCACGCAAAUAUACGUUUGCGUACAGAGACACAAACACGUGUCAACACACACAUUCACAUUCCCAUACGCAUGCACACACAUGUAUAAACACACACACAUUCACAUUCCCAUACGCAUGCACACACAUGUAUAAACACACACACAUUCUCUUACCCAUGCACACACACACUGAUGUACACUCGUGCACACACACUCACACACGCAUUCACACUCUCACAACUAUUCACUCACACACCCAAUCACACACAUGCACACACACACGUACACAUGGACACACACAAUCUCUCGCACACACGAACACACACAUUCACCAGUGCACUCUCACGCGCACACGCAUGCAUGCAUACGUACACACACUCAUAACCAUAUGCACACACACACUCUCUCUCUCUCAUACUCUGUCACUCACACACACACACACACACACCCUCUCUCUCACAGACACACUCACAUCCACACAAACUAACUGGAGUAGAGACACACACACAUGCGCACACACACAAACAUGCACACACACACGCAUACACACACACACGUGCGCAUACACACUCGAACGCAUGCACACACACACACACACACACAUAUAUAUAAACACAAACACUCAUAUACACCUAGACCCUCACACACCCACACCUACACACACACACACACACACACAUGCACACACAUGCAUACACAUACAUGCAUGCACACACCAUAUACAAAUGUAUCCACAAACAUUCUCAUACCCAUACAUAUACACACACACACACAUUCACAAAGGCACUCUCACGCGCACACACACAUACAUACACUCAUUCUCUUGCACGCACACACACUCAAAUACACAGUCACACACACAUUCACACAAACGCACGCACACACACUUUCUCUUACCCAUACACACACGCACCCGUGUGCACACACACACAUACUCAUGCACUCAAUCAUACUCUCACACAUGCACACACACACACACAUUCUCUUACCCAUACACACACACAACCCGGGCACACACAUACUCAUGCACUCACACACAUGUUCACAUCCACAGUCACUCCCACAAACGUACGCAUGUAUGCACACACAUUCACAAAUUCACGCACACAAACACACUCUCACCCAAUCACACACACAUCGACACACUUGCAACCUUCCUUGACCAAUGCCUGACCAGUGCAAUUUCAGCUGUGCCCAAUAUUAUAUAUAUAUAUAUAUAUAACCUCAGUACAGCCUAACCCCUCUACAUAAGACUAUUAUCUUUCAGCAGUUCAGGUUAUAUAAUGGUGGGGGGGUGUUGGAGAACCAGAAGCGACUAAUACAGGGGAACGAAAAGCUAACGCUACAGGAAGCGUUAACCACAAAGCCCCGAAGGACAAAGGAAAGGGAACACCAGAAACUAAAACACAAAAUAAGAUCCUCGGGAGAGCAACUCCCGCACACACAGGAUCAUAAACCAAAAGAAAACACGGAGUAAAAAACGACUCCGAAGGACAACCUUGUCCAGCCGUAAAACCGGCUCGAGAAACCAAAAACUACCCGUACAAACCAGGGCCAAAAAGAAAGGGACCAGUGAUACAGAGGCGAAGCUCUGGUCCCAAACCCAAAACUGGUCUUAAAAAAAAAAAAGACAACCGAGUAGCAAAAUUACUCAGCGAAAAGAAAAAGCCUGAGACGCAGCUCAGAAAGAGACAAACAAAAUACAAUACCAGGGACAACGUCCCGAUACCCAACGGCUCACACGAGCUCAAAAUAAAAGUAUAAAUACCCUAAGAAUGCGCACACUGCGCUAAGAGACUGAACGCCUUUAAAAGAGGACACAGAAUCACCCACAAACACAAUUCUGCACAGAGUCCACCGAGCACCUAUACCUUACCGGCUUAGUGAAAAAGGGGUUUAACACAGAAGCGCUGAUUGCUGUUCUGUCAGCGCUUAUAAAGGCACCUCCCCAGGUGAAAAUCAUAGAGAAUCAGACACCUGAAACAAAUUAAGAAAUUCCCAGACGCCAGGUGCCUUCUAGUGGCAGCACAAGGCCACUACACCCCAGAACCAUGACAGUGCGUGCACACACCAUAUACACAUGUAUACACAAACAUUCUCAUACCCAUACAUACACACACACACACGUAUAAACACACACACAUUCACAAAGGCACUCUCACGCACACACACAUACAUAUACAUACACUCAUUCUCUUGCACGCACACACACUCAAAUAAACAAUCACACACGUUCACACAAACGCAUGCACACACACUUUCUCUUACCCAUACACACACACACCUGUGUGUACACACACACAUACUCAUGCACUCAAUCAUACUCUCACACAUGCACACAUACAUACAUGCGUGCACACGCACACACAUUCUCUUACCCAUACACACACACAGUCCGGGCACACACAUACUCAUGCACUCACACACAUACACACACACAUGUUCACAUCCACAGUCACUCCCACGAACGUACGCAUGUAUGCACACACAUUCACAAAUUCACGCAAACAAACACACACUCACCCAAUCACACACACACACACACACAUCGACACACUUGCAGCCUUCCUUGACCAAUGCCUUACCAGUGUAAUUUCAGCUGUGCCCAAUAUUAUAUAUAUAUAUAUAUAUAUAUAUAACCUCAGUACAGCCUAACCCCUGUACAUAAGAGUAUUAUCUUUUAGCAGUUCAAGUUAAGCACUUGUUGUCUAAAUGUGAUAUAUUUUUUUACAUUUUAAUACAUUUAUAUUGCUAAUGUUCAAGUUGUGUUUAUGUACUUUCGAUUAUUAAAACAUUAAUAUAACAUUGAGAGUAAUAAUGCCAAAAGAUGGCAGGGUAAAAUGUUUUUGAAGUAAUAAUUCUAUCUCCUGUAUCUGCAUCUUUUUAAAAAGAAUCCAGUGGCAAACUCCUCCACUUAAAUGUGCAUUUUACUAGUUUUUACAGUUGCUUUCAUUCAUUUUCACAAGAGUUCCAAUGUGCAAAUUUCUGUGGGCAAAUGCAGCUGAUAGGGAGAAUGCAGAAUGAUCACUGCAGUGUACUUAUUUCCUUUCAUUACUGUAAACAAUGAUGGAUUGAGUUUCCUUAUUAAUUCUUUUAGGAUUGUUUUUUUUUUGUUUUUUUUUUUGCUUUAAUUUUCUGUAUUUUCAGACAAUAAUAUGCAAUGAUUAAACCUGAAUUAUUAAAAUAUCAAA